GAAUGAUUGUAGCGUCUUGAUUUUUGCAAUGCUAAAUCGUCAUAAUGGAAACAGAGUCUAAAUUAUAAUUAAAAAAUCAGAAUUUCUAUUUCAUACGAGAAUACAUUUUGACCCUCUAGAAAUUUGCUUGAUAUAUUUUUGUGUUGAUAUGUAGGUUUUCUAUGGAAUAUUACAUUAUAUGCUUUUGAAUAUUAGAGCAGUUUUUAUGGGUUAUGGGAGUCAAAUAAUGCAGGAGUCAAAGAAUCUUUUCAAGCAUAAAUUUACCAUUUUACUUAUUUUUAAUUCUUUAAAGUGUAUUUACUGCAAUGAUUAUGUUUGAAGUGGAAAUUUGGAUUGUGAUGAUGUAAUUAUCAAAGAAAAAAACAGUCUAUAAAAAAAACUAAAUAUUAAGAAACUUUCAAUAAACUUUGGCAGGCUGAAAAAAUCUCCAACUUUAAGAAACUUAUAUAUACAUAUUAUAUCUAUAUAAUAAUACAGAGCUUCUGUCUGUGACUUUUGCAAAGUAGAUAAAAUUUCUUUGUUAAAGUCUAUAAAACAUCGCCUAUAAAUUUGUUCUGUAAAUUAUCAAACUUUGACGUUAGAGCAAUAUUGACGUCAAAGGAAAGUAUAUUAAGAUUAGUGAAGCCAUUGCACUGCACCUUUAAAUUUAAGGCUAAACUUGGAAAUGGGUGGAAAUAACUGACAUCAUCUCUUGCGUGGGUAACUAGGGACUACCUGGGACCAAUUUGGGUAAGUUUUCCAAAUCUGGAUCUCCAAAUUCGUUUCGGAAUGGACGGGUUAAUGACGUCAUAAAAAACCUUUAAACCUUAAUAUCUCUGCAUCCAUUUGUCACAAGUACACGAUCCUACACAUUUUCUUGAUCAGCGUUUCAAGAUCUAUACAAUGAAGGCAACAGGCAAACACAUUUAUAAAAAGAAAAAUUUUGUGUUCUGACAUGUCUCUGCUGACGUCAUCAAAAUUUAAAUGACGGUUGUUUUUUUUCUGUUAUCCUGCCUAAGUGGAUUUUUUCACGGGCCUUAUUGACUAGUAUAUAUAUAAAAGUAAAAAUACAUAGAAGCAUAGCAAAUGUUGUUUAUAUUAAAAUCACAGCCAAAACGAAAGAAAUAUUUGAGGCUAAAUUUAUCAAAAAUUUUGAGAAUAAUCAACACAACAUGCAACAUGUAUAAUGAAGUAAGAAACACAUAAAAGGAACAUCAUAGACUAAAAUAUAAAAAUUGCUGAUGUGAAAUUGAAUUAGAAAUAACGAUGUGAUUAUGUAAGUAUAAGAAGAUAAGAUAUGCGUAUUUUACAUGGCAUGCCUUACAAACAUUGAGGAAUAUACCAUGUCUAUUAUUUCCAGGAGGGGUCAUGGCUUAGAUGGGGAGUGUUAGAGUCCUCGCUUUGCCAGACAACUUGCUGCAACAUCCAAAAGGCCCAGUGUGCCUUCUCCCCUAUUUCCCUCACAAUGCUGGGGUUAACACAGGACUACGGUAACAUUCAUUCAACCAUUUGAAUCACUGUAAAGGGGAAGAAUUAACAUUUACUUGAAUCUUGUUCUUCUCUUUUGCAAGGACAUACCUGAUAUUUAAAUGUAACUGCUGGAAAAAUAACUUUCUGUAUAUAAUUUCCUGUGUAUACUUUUAAAUUGUGUCUACUUUUAAACAUCAUUUCCUAUUAUAUUUAGUUAACAAAGAACAGCUGUGAAAGUUACAAUUAAAGGGGCCCUAAUUUGAUUUCGUAUUCAUGCCUUCUUAUCAAAAUCAAGAACAUAUAAAUUGUAUGAAAAAGGCUAAUGUGGCAUGCAAAUUUUGGGGAGGGGCAAUGUAAUCGAGUGUUCAUUCAAGAAUUUAUAGUAACCUAACUAUGCAGCAGUUUCAACAGUUCCUAUUCUAUUUACAGCUGGACCAGUUCAAUUUAUGUUGAGUCAGCUCAAAGCACUUGGAUGUGAAAUUAGUUUGGAAAACAAAAGACUAUUAUGCGAACCAUGUGAUUCAAAACUGUUUGGUGGCUUCGACCCAGAUGCUAAAGAGGUCAUCCUGUGUGAAAACAAUUUGUCAUCUCAAGAACAAUACAACACUAUCCUGACACACGAGUUGGUACAUGCAUAUGAUGUGUGUCGUGUGAAGUAUGACACGAAUAAUUUAAGACAUCUAGCUUGUUCAGAGAUUCGCGCAGCAAAUUUGAGUGGUGAUUGUUCAUUUUGGAAAGAGAAACCUACCUCUGUGAAAGCUCAUUAUCAGACUUGCGUGAAACGAAAAGCAGUUGAAAGUAUACUUUGCAUGAAAAACAUAUCCAGAGGCAAGGCCGAGCAAAUUGUAGACAGUGUGUUUACAGAGUGUUUCAAAGAUACAGCCCCAUUUUCAAAAAUACCUCUAUUGAAGUGAUAAUUUUAGUAGCAUAUCGCGCGCCAUAUGCUCUGCUAUUACAAAAGUAAUAUAUCCCGGGUAAGAGGAUAUGUAAGAUUUAGAUCUUACGAUCAAAUAAAAAACUGGAAUCGAGAUUAAUCUCACGUGCUGUCACAGGCUGUAAUACCAGAACUUUUCUUCAUGACUGUUGCUCUAGUGCCAUUUUUCACUAAAGCAUUUUUGUAUGACAAGAAUACUUUUAUCAUACUUCCUAGAAAUAUUAAUUGACAACACAAUUUGGGUGUUGGU